AUGCUGCGAAACUCCCUUCCCACUUCAUCUCCCCUCUCCCCUCUUUCUUCCCCAUUAUCUCCCCCCACCGCCCCCCAUCAAAACUUCCCAUCUGGCAGCUCCAACCCGCCAGAUUUACCAACCCUCCCGAAGCCUCGAUCGCCUUAUAAUCCCCACAUCCGCCCUCGAUCUGUCGAACCAGUAGUCUUUCGCUCACCCGCAUUGGUCUCCAGGAGGGCUGACAUUCCACCGACACCGCUGGUGACAAACGCUGCCCCGACCACACUUUCAAGUGCUGCUAUUGAAGAGGAAGAGGAAGGAGACCUUGGGCACGAGGGUGUUUCUCUAUCUGCGGCUGACCAAAGCCCAUCAGCCCCACACAGGUCACCCCCGCCUCCUCCCAGAAUUGACAUCACUCCGGCGCAUUCGGAGCAAGAAGAUAUGCCUUUCAAACUUCCACAGCAACAGAAGCGCGAGGGCCCGAGUCCUAAACACAAGCCUACCCCGGCUCCCGUCCCGCGAUAUCAAACUUCCGAAACGCCAGUGCCGUCAACCCUAUCUCGAGCUAUGAACAAAGAAGGCAUAACGCGCCCGGCAAGUGCUAACGCUAACCCCAUCCCGGCAUUCUCGCUCCCGCCUUCCCCUCCGCUAACGAGGCGGUCGACGGUUGUUCCGUCAGUUCGCUCGUCAGCAUCGAAAUACGCCCCCUCACUUCCUCCACUGCAAUCGUCGAGGAGCCUGGCACCCGCACAAGAAGGCACGCUUCUUGGAAGACCUUCAACUUCGUCCUCAUCAUCCAGCGUUUCCGUGAGAGAAGUGACAAAGCUGGGCAAAGCCUUGGGGCGUCAGCCCAUAGACUAUCUCAUCCCAUACGGCGCCUUGGAUGUCCCGGUUUCGGAUAAUUUUCACCCCUACCAGGAUCCCCACUCGCUCGCCAAUUCUCCAAAGACCGAGCUCCCUGUCGCCGAUGUCUUUGGUAACUUGAACUAUCUAUUGGAUUCUUACCUCGGCAUCCUCUCCAAUGGGGGCAGUAUGGCGGUUGGUACUGGUUAUAGGAGUGUUGCUCGGAAAUUGCUCCAACAGGUUGGUGGUGUAUUUAAUCGGGAGGUCGGCGUAGAAGGAAUCGACUGGUCGGAUAUAUUGGAGUAUAUUCGCGGUGAUGAGCAGAAGCCUUGUCUCUGUGUUCUUCCGGUUAAGGGUCUUAUCCAACGAAACAUCGAUACAGCCACCAUUCUAAGCGGCGCCGAACCAGCUUCUGAAGUAAGCCUCCAGGCCCCACAACAAACCAAGGAGCUGGCCGAGUCAGUGGUAGCUGGCGUUAGGGAGAAGUCGGGAACAGGUAAAGUUCAAGAAUGGCUAGAAGAGGUAGAAAAGGUCUUGCGACAGCAGCCCCCUCCUUCCCCAACAGCAUCCACGGUCCCCGAAGAAAUAGAGCACGAAUAUGAAGACGAGGUAGUCACUCAGAUUAUUGAGGGAAUCCUGCCAACCCCCGCUCAAGCCGAGGUCUUCAGAUCUUAUCUUUCGGACCAUGCCUAUCUUGCUUCAACCAAAGCGGCGCUCAUGCGACUGUAUCCUCAGCAUCCCGCAGUAUCAAUCACGAAACCAAUCGUGGCGCUAUAUCUCCUCUUGCAUGUCGAACUUCAUCCCAUGCUAGCCGCUAUUGGAGGGCUAUCCGAUGCUGAGAUGGAAUUGAUAAAUUCUGGUCGCUUUGAUGGAUUUCUUGACGGGAGCACCAAUGCCGUACCCAGGGACGAAGAGGAAGAGCUUGGCUGUAUCACCGACCUCCACAAGAAACUUGCACGUGUCAUGUACACCCUUGACGACGAGUUGGCGGAGCUUCAUAACCGUGCACUCAUUGUGCGGCAAGCGCUCAAAGAACGCAUAGACUCUAUCGCGACAAGGAUGAAGAAGAAAACAUCCGAGAGCGAAUACGGCGACAAUACCGUUGUCAAUGGUGGCGAGGAUGCAGCUGUGGGAGAUGAAGAUGAGCAGGACGACAUAUUGUCGCCGCUUAUGCCCGUGGAAGAGUGGGACGGUGGCAAAAGUAUCCUGCUCAGUCCAGACGACUCGGCGAGCAAUGUUCACUUCAGUCGGAGACGACGAGAGGCUCGACAAGAGAUGGAAGAGAGCGAGAAGAAACGAGCGGAGAAAAAAGAACGGAAAGAGACCAAACGCCGAGAAGAGGAGCGGCGAGCUGGCGGACAUGGGUUCCAGGAGGACGGCACAGCAAGCACUACGGUUUCCAAGAGACAGAAGGAGAAAAAGAGAGAGAAGAGGGAAAGAAGGUCAGGUGAGGGUACUGAGAGUGGAAGUAGCACGAAGCGUGGGCGAAGUAGGGGAAGGGGCGAGGGCGAAGAACAAGACGGUGGGGCGGAGAGGAAGGAGCACAGGGGAAGGAAAGACGAGCACCGGGAGAGGAAAGAAGAAAGAGAAAGUAGAAGAGAGGAAAGAGAAAGCAGAAGAGAAGAGAAAGAGCGUGAAUUGAGGGAGAAGGAUAAGAAGGACAAAUCCUGGUCGCGAGCCCUCGGGGGUAUCAAUAAGUGGGUUGGAGAGAAGGCGGGGGAUAUGGGAGCAGUUGCCCUGGAAAAGGAGAGAAAGGGAUAGGAGGCAGGAAAGAGUCAUGGGAAAGGACGGGCGAUUGACUUGCGAGCCAGCGACCCAGCCCUUUGGUAUUAUCUGUAUAGAUGGCGGGAGGCGUUUUUAUACCUUUUUCGUUACGGUUUUGGCUUCACAUCUUGGUGUUUUUUUGGUUUUUGAUUUUUGUGGAUGAUAAGGAAAAGUACAUUUUGUAUGCCGGCACAGUUUACUAUACCGUUAUUAUCUUUCUAGUCUUAAUCCUACUUCCUUUGAGACGCGGCUCCUGGCCCGUGGGGCAUAUCUUGAUGAUAUUAGUGAUUGGUUUUGGUCUUUCCUUGAGUGCUAUUUCUUUUGCUGCGAGCGGCUGGCGUGGGGGAUUGAGAUGUGGGACCUGCGGAGAUGGACAAGGGAGGACUGUACCAACCUUUGUAUCAGUAACUGUAAUCUCUCUCUGCUCUAUUAUCACUUAUUAUAAGCCCAAAGAUGCGGAGGCAGGAUGGACCCAAUCCCUUAUAUAAUGUGGAUUCUCGAUACAGAAACCGCUUGCUGCACUUGCUGUCGGCUAUCUUGACGAGGUAUUAGCGGUGAGCCUAUUUUUGCCCGAGAUCUGAUUCGAUGUAAAUAGACCCAUCUUGAAGGGCAGGUCCUAUGCUGUCGUAUCGGGCGGCGGCCGGUGUACUGUACAGUGCCAACCACUUCUUGAUCGUAGGGUCUGAAUUCUGGUCUCGUGUGGCAUCAAAUUUAGGAGAAUAGGGACUGGAGUGUUUAUAGGCACAACCCCCCAAUUGAGAUGUCAGAGCGCAGACAUGAUUGUUCUCUACUCUUUUGGAUUGCUAGAUGGUCAAAUUCCUCGUUGGAACUCAUUCAUAUGGGAGUUUUUUUCUUUUCUUUUUUUCAGAUUGCGGCCGGGGCUGAUAGGCGGUGGCAUUUUGAAGGAGCAGAAGCGAUUGCAUUUGGCACUGCUCCUUGAGGUGGUGUAUCGGAGGUGUCGGUAUACACAAGAUAGGGUAGAGGCGGGGUGGGGGAUGGACUGACGCGGGCGAUGAUGACGAGGAUAGCAGCCGUGCUGAAGACGAGGAGACCGAGCCGGUUAGUGCAAUGAGAUUGGCAAUUGAGAAGUUGGGCGAAGAUCCUCCAUCCGACAGCUGCUUGGGGUAGGGAUAUCUUAUAACCUAGGAGUACGGCCGUAGCUAGGCACUUGCUGUAUCCAAUGCCGUAGAGCCGAGGCGAUAUCCGGUGGCACGAAGAUAGCGGAGAGAAAGCCUUUACAAUGCGAAGAAGAAGUUUCCAUGUUGCUGGAGGUAGGGUUUUGUGCUUACGUGAAUGUUUGUGCCCACUUGUAUAAGUUACCAGGAGAUGUGGCUUGCAGCUCUUUACUUCUGGAUUCCGUUCACCCCGUAUAUAGAACCUAUCAUAGCUGGAUGCGCCACUCUUUUACUUUCAGAAAUGCUGAAGCGAAGGUGGAAAGCUCACUUUGCUUUUCAGGUACCGU